GGGUGGCGGUAAUGCAGCUCCUCGUACAAAGUUUCCCGUUCAAAGGUGAAAGUUCAACCAAAUCAGCAGCGCUCGUCUUACGUUAGGCGACAAUGGCUAAACAUCAUCCAGAUUUGAUCUUCUGCAGAAAACAAGCCGGUGUCGCUAUCGGGAGACUUUGCGAGAAAUGUGAUGGAAAAUGUGUCAUCUGUGAUUCUUAUGUGAGGCCGUGCACGCUGGUGCGCAUCUGUGAUGAGUGUAACUACGGCUCCUAUCAGGGACGCUGUGUCAUCUGCGGAGGGCCUGGAGUUUCUGAUGCCUACUACUGUAAAGAGUGCACCAUCCAGGAGAAAGAUCGAGAUGGCUGUCCUAAGAUUGUGAAUUUGGGCAGCUCCAAAACAGACCUGUUUUAUGAAAGGAAGAAGUACGGUUUCAAGAAGAGGUGAAGACGGCACGGCCUAGUCCUUGAUUUAGUUUUCCAGCUUUUGAAGAUUUUCUUUGUAUCCUCAAGAAACAUUUUUUGACAUGUCAAUAAAGCUCUCUUUUAUA